AUGGAGACGAGUCAGAUACCAGGAAAGGAGCUAAAUGGAGCAACUGCCCGAAGUCACGAGCUGGCUCCUUGUACGACCUGCAGAAGACGCUUUGCACAAGAUAUUCUGCUGAGACAUGAUCCGAUCUGCAAGCAAGUCUUCAACAAGAAGCGCAAGCCCUUCAACUCUUUGAAACAGAGACUGCAGGGAACAGAAACGGCCACAGUGAAGAAGCAGCCCCCGCGAAAGAAUCAGCCAGGGAAGAAAUCUAACUGGAGGCAGCACCAUGAGGAUCUUAUUAAUGCUAUUCAAUCAGCCAAGCAGGUCACAAAAGCUCUUAAGGAGGGUCGCCCUCUUCCACCUCCUCCCCCACCAAGCAUCAGUCCAGACUACAUUCGGUGUCCACACGGCUCAUGAAGGUUUAAUGAGGCCGCAGCGGAGAGGCACAUGAAGUUUUGUGAAGAACAAGCUGCCCACCGUGCCUUUGCUGCAAAGACCACCAGACAGGCUUUGGGCAAGCAACCAGUGACUCAGAGAAAACCCCCAACCUUAACAACUGCUGUGUUAUCGCUUCAGAAGAGAGUACAAGAAGGUGCCAGUACAGACAAACCUAGGCCGGAGACCUCCCCAGGAAUACCGCAGAAAACCAGAAAAUCUUUGGGUUUAUCUACUGGAAAAGAAUCUUCAGGAGAGUUUGGGUAA